UAAAACUGUCAUCAUCAGAAAACAAGGUGUUUGUUCUCCGUGAAAAGUGUAAUAUUUUUUUUCGCUGCGAAAUUCAUAAAAAAAUCUUUGAAACGCACUAAGUGUAGGGAGUGAUUUAGCACCAGCAGGAAGCCAGCAUUUAUAUAACCUUAUCAGACUCGCAUACUGGUGAUUAUAGGACUACUACUGCGUUUUACACCGAUCUAAUAAAGGAGAUGUGCUGCUCUGCUGCUGCAGCGGUCAAGGUUUAACAAGUAAACUAGAAAAGUACGGCCGAUUAGAUUACAAUAUUCCUAACUCAGCGCUCGGCUGACUGGCUGUUGUUUCGGUUAUUGGUGCUGCUGUUGUUAGUGGUGCAACAUAGUUUCUGGCCCGCUUUUAAGGGGCUUCCAGUGCCAGGCGCAAGCGGAACUAAAACAAAUCUAAGUCGUACUCCACCAAAGCACGCUUAUCUGCGCCUACUACGCAGAUAGCAAGAAAGCAGGGCGGAUAGGAAUUCACAGCAGAAAUGGUUGAGCCAAUUUUCGACUAUCAGUUUAGGCACAUUCUAAUCGGCGACAGCACGGUGGGAAAAUCUUCGCUGCUCAAAUAUUUCACGGAUGGCAAGUUCGCGGAGCUAUCCGAUCCAACGGUUGGCGUGGAUUUCUUCGCUCAUCUGAUCGAAGUCAAGGAUGGCACCCGCAUCAAGCUGCAGCUCUGGGAUACUGCCGGGCAGGAGCGGUUCCGCUCGAUCACCAAGUCUUACUAUCGCAAUUCGGUCGGGGUGCUGCUGGUGUAUGACAUUACCAACCAUGCCAGUUUCGAGCACAUUCCGCUGUGGAUGAUGGAAGCGAAGCGGCACAUCGAACCGCACCGGCCCGUAUUUGCGCUGGUAGGCUGCAAGCUUGACCUAGUCAAUAAUGGCGUCCAGCGGCGGGAGGUUAGCGUGGAGGAAGCACGUUCGUUUGCCGAGCAGCACGGGCUGAUUUUUGUCGAAACUUCGGCCAGAACUGGUGUGAACGUUCGGGAAGCUUUCAGCCUCGUCACUCAGGAGGUGUAUAAUCGAAUCCAGUCCGGCGAGUAUAAGGUCGAGGACGGUUGGGAUGGCAUUAAGAAGGGCUUCCCGAGACCGAGCAAUCUGGACUUCAACCUGGUGAUAGCGGAAUCGGCGCGAAGCUCGUGCUGCUAAGUGGCUGUCACUAGGGUUCCGAGGGUUUGAUAUAUUGGUAUUCUUGGAGCUCGACUCGUCGUUUUACGACCAAAUUCAAUUUGACUCACGCGAUAGAUUACGUAGAUGUUGAGGUAGGGUUUUAUGUUUUGAAGAAAAAAAAAAUGCGAGCUGCCGUUUCAUACAUUUUUUUGAACGCAAAAUUGUAAUACAUUGGAAUGAACAGAUCUGGAUUGGUAGUGGAAUUAUGACUAGGGAAUAGGAGACUCGUUUAGUUCAUUUUGGUUUUCCACACACGCUUUUUGGUUCUAUUAUUGUGUCAGAAAUUGUUGUUGCGGUGCUUUUAAUCAAUUGUUUUAUUCAGUGGGAUAAUUUUUGAUUGCUUAAUUACAGAGCUUCUCAAGGCCAAGUUUUAUGUUGGUGCUUUUGUUUUUUUUAACCUGUGUUGUGAAUUAUUCUUCGUUUGAAGAAACGAACCGCUUGAUUUACCUUUGAUUAGAGAAUUACCCUUGUUUCUACUUGUAUGUUCUUUUCUUCUGUUUUGUAGGAGUCAGUUUUAAUAACAAAACAACCAAACAAAAUUUAUGAACCCAUUUUUAUAUGUAUAUAGUAUACUAAUUACUAAUUUAGCAAUGUAGUCAAAAAUAAAUAAGACAAAAAGUUUACUCUAAGAAGAUUAUUGGAAAUCAUAUUAAAUUAUGUAACCGAAUAAUUCAAUUAUAAAAACAA